AAUAGUACCAAAUUCCAACCACUUUACAGAUAAGGAGUAUGGUAAUGGUACCUUCAUACACACACACUCUCUCUCUCAAAGUCAAUGAAUGACCUAUGAAUGAGGGUCCAUAUUGAUUUGUCCCAAAAAUUCGAUUUUGAUUGUUGGGUCUUAUAGUAUCAUCACACACACCCUCUUGUGAAUCCCAUUCUUCAAAUUAUUCACUUCUAUUUUUCUACUUUGAUUCAUCAAUUGGGUCCAAAAGGGUCAUCAUUUUUGUAAUUUUUUUAUUGGGAAUUGUUCUUGUUGCUAAAAAAAUUGAUUUUUUAGGUCAAUUUGUUGAUGGGCCAUGCUGAAAUUUGAGAUUUUGUUGUAAUUGAAAAUCUCUGGUAUUUUUUUAUUUUUGGAAAUGGAGGAUCAACCUUUUUUAGAUUAUAAACCAUUUGUUAAUGAUGAGGAGGAGGAAGAAGAAGAUGAGUUUUGCAGUUGCUGUGAAGAUGCAGAAGAAAGAGAUGAUGAAGAAAGAGAAGAAGAACAAGAAGAGUGGAAAGAAACUGAGGAGAAAGUGGUGGAAGGGUUGAAGGAAGAACUUGAUGAAUUUUCAGUAAGAAUGUUCUUUAAGGGAUUAUCAAUUACUGGUGUUGAAAAUUCAACUUCAGGGUUUUCUGGAAUUGGAGUGUUUAUGGAAAGAUCAUCAAAUCUUCCUCCUAUAAGGGUGCAGAAAAGGCUUGAUUUUUAUGCUGAGGAGCCUAUGGUUGAUUACUUGGCACUCAUGGAUGGGUUGUUAGAAGCUUUGCAGAACAAGAUCCGUAGGGUUUAUGCUUUCACAGAUUCUGAGUUGUUAUUUAAGAUAACGGCUGAGAAAAAUUUGGACAUGCCGCUUUUGAUGGCACUGAGAGAAAGGAUUUUGGAACAUGCCAAUAAUUUUGAAACUUUUGAUCUGAAGCUUAUACCAAGCAUUGAUCUUGAGCAGCCAAUGCAGUUGGCCACAGUAGCUAUGGGGCUCGUCACUUUUCCAGUAAAUGACGAAAAAUUGCUCGAGAACUGUUCUAUUUGUUGCGACGACAAGCCAGUGCCAAUGAUGAUUACCUUGAAAUGUUCACACACAUUCUGUUCACAUUGCUUGAGGUCCUAUGCUGACGGUAAACUACAAUGUUGUCAAGUCCCUAUAAGAUGUCCUCAACCAGGAUGCAGAUAUUGUAUCUCUACACCCGAGUGCAAAUCUUUUCUUCCAUUCAUCUCCUUUGAAUCUCUCGAGAAAGCCCUUUCAGAAGCAAAUAUUGCCCAGUCAGAAAGAUUUUAUUGUCCAUUUCCAAAUUGUUCUGUUCUCCUUGAUCCUUGCGAGUGUUUAUCAGCAAUGGACGGUUCAUCUAGUCAGUCGGACAAUUCUUGUAUCGAGUGUCCUGUUUGUCAGAGGUUUAUCUGCGUGGGCUGUGGUGUUCCUUGGCAUUCUUCCAUGAGCUGUGAAGAAUUUCAGAGUUUGCCGGAAGAGGAGAGAGAUGCUUCUGACAUUACCUUGCAUCGUCUUGCUCAGAAUAAAAGGUGGAAGCGUUGUCAGCAGUGUCGUAUAAUGAUUGAGCUUACUCAAGGUUGUUACCACAUGACAUGCCGGUGCGGUCAUGAGUUCUGCUAUUCUUGUGGUGCUGAGUACAGGGACGGCCAACAAACAUGUCAAUGUGCAUUCUGGGAUGAAGACAGCUUGACAAACUCCCUUCAAGAAUCAGAACAAUGGUCAUGGGAGACUUCUAUGAUCAUGGAUGCGUACUCAGAUCAAGAACGGUCGCAACUUGCGCUUAUACAACGGUUCCUUGAUGGAGGUUUUAGUCUCAGUGACCAUAAUCCCUAUCAAUCUCCUCCUCCUCAAUGUACAGAAUCAUUUGUGGACCCUUUGAAGGAUCUUCAUCAACUUCCAUGGCUAGAGAGAUUUGUGUCUGUGAUAAGUGACAACUAUUAUGAAGAUUACAUGCAAUAAAAUUGUGCUACAUCUUAUACCGCGUGUUCGGAUUGUGGGUGAGUUUGGCGGAAUCACGAUGUGUUACCAUGAUUUUUGCAAAAGCUACACUUUUGAGCUUCAAACAAAAUCACGGUGAGUGUGGCAGCAACAUGAUGUCUCCGUGACUUUCGCAAAAACUGCACUUUGGAGCUUCAACAAAAUCACGGUGUCAUUGUGAUUUUGUCAAACACAUUGUUAAUCCAAACAUGCAAAUAGUUAGUUCAUCAAAAACCUCGUACAAUCACUUGUAGAAAGGGUUUCUCACUGAGGUGUGGUAACACCGUGUCAUGUGACUUAUUUUAUGUUCUACAAUUUGAUAUCUUUGACCUAAGGUUCAUGGAUAUUGUAUUAAGGUGAACAACUUGUUCAUGAUGACUCUCUUUAGAGAAAGUAAAAGAAGAAAAAGCAACAUUGAAAAGAGAAACUAGUUUGUUUGUGAUUUGGAAAUAAUACAAUGUUAGCCAAUUGAAAGAAAUUCCAGAUUAUUUUUUUCAUCUUCUAA